AUGUAUCUCCGGUCAAUUCACGCAGAAUGCCACAUCCCUACUCUCCGCCAAUUCAUCAAAGACAAUCCCCUCGGAACCUUCACCACGGCCAUCCCAUCACCGGAAUACCCUUUCCUUCAAACAAGCCACAUUCCCUGGUUACUAGAUGUGAGCGAUGAGUCCAGCGAGUCCGAACUCGGCGUCCUACGAGGCCACAUGGCGCGACAGAACCCUCAAGCCAAAGCCAUGAUAGCGUCGGCCACCGCGACUGCUAUCUCCGAUGGAACAUCAGAACCAACAGCAACCGGCGGCAUCCAACUCGAAAACGAAGUCCUUGUUCUCUUCACAGCACCUGUGCAUCACUACGUCACGCCUAAGUUCUACACCGACACGAAGCCCGCAACGGGCAAGGUGGUCCCGACGUGGAAUUAUGCGGCCGUGCAAGCGUACGGAAAAGCAACGGUGUAUUUCGACAAUAGCACCCACUCAACGGAGUACCUGUCUCGACAGAUUGCAGAUCUCUCUCAGCAUGCCGAGACUGAUGUGAUGGGGUACACUGGGGAGGGAGGGAAGAAGGGGCCCUGGAAGGUGUCGGAUGCGCCUGAUCGCUAUAUUGCGAUUCUGCAGAAGAAUAUCAUUGGGGUGGAAGUGGAGAUUACUCGGCUCGGGGGCAAGUUCAAAAUGAGUCAGGAAUCGGGAGAGAAGGAUCGUGAGGGCGUUAUUGCGGGCUUUGAGAGCUUGGGGACGGAGGCGGGAUUGGAGAUGGCUCGGACUGUGGCUGAGAGACAGGAUCUGAUGCAAAGACGUAAGGCUUGA